AUGCCUUACACACCUCCCUCCCACAGCCGGUCGCCCGCGAGCUCCGCGCCAUCUUCGCCCGACAUCAGCCGUCGCUCAUCAUUCCAAUCCAGCCCGAGACCUUCAUUACCAAGGUCGGCAUCAUACCUCACAAAGCACAGAAGGACGCCUGCCGCGGCGACGGAUGCCCUUACAAACAACUCCUCCGACCAACCGACGCCCCCCGGUACAUCAGACGACUUGAAGGGUAUGGCAACGAACAGCAGCGUGCGACAAUCGCCACCCCCGUUGACGGACGAGAGAGGUAUGCCUAAGGGCGCUAUCAUCUCUCCGCCAGACUCUGGCAGCGAAGAGGAAGAUGUCGCGGAACGGGGCAGGCGGAUCGAGAACUUGAAGGAGCUUCAAGAGGCCAUCAGCCAAAUCCCAGUCCACCGGGAAGCAUCACCCACGCGCUCCAAGCUUGAGCAGCCAACCCUGGCUCUCAUCACCAAGGACGACCUCCCCAAGGAGGGCCUGCCUACUAGCUUCAGCACCAGCUCGCUGGAUGCACUCGCCAAGACCGUCGCCCGCCGUGCAACCCACGCCAGGUCGAGCACCGAACCCAGAAUUGUUUACGAACCAGUCUCUGCGACCGGCUCCGAAUCCGACUCGGACAGCAACAACCAAGCCAAGCCCCCCAUGGUGCGCAAGAAGUCUGGCGAACUUGUCCGCCCUGCUCUUCGGCCCGCAUCUGCUCGCCGGAGACCGUCCAGCAUGCCCGGCACCCCCACCUUCUCCAAGGCAGUCCACUUUGACUCCCACCUGGAGCACGUUCGCCACUUCCUUCAGGUUGACAGGCCACUCGCUGUUAGCGCUGGGUCUUCGCCGGUCGAUAACUACGACAGUGACACCGAGUACCCCUUCCCUGGAGAUGAACGCCGCGGCGCCCGCAGUCCCCCCUAUGAGUGGGAGAUCGUCAUGGCUAGCCAGCCCGUCGAUACCCCUAUCCGCAGGUCUCUUCCUAUACGCCUCGAGAGAGUAUGGCUAUCGCCCGACCAGAAGAACCUUUUGGGGUCCGUCGCCGUCGCCAACCUCGCUUUCCAGAAAUCCGUCACCUGCAGGUUCACCCUCGACUACUGGAAGACUACUUCCGAGGUCGCCGCCGAGUACUCGCACGAGGUCCGCCCGCAAGACGGACCCGUCUCCCAAGACCGCUUUACGUUCACCAUCAAGCUGUCCGACCUGGCUAACCUCGAGACCAAGACGCUUUUCUUCUGCAUCAGGUACACGGUGAACGGCCAGGAAUUCUGGGAUAACAACAACGGCACCAACUUCCAAGUCGAUUUCCGUAAGAAGUACCUCCCCCAGAAUGGCAAGCGAGGCCUUCAGGGUGCUGCCAGCCGACCCGCUCUCCCCCGCAGCAACCGUCGCUCCAGCCCUGCUUCAGCUCCUCGCCCCAAGUCCAUGCCUGUCGGCUUCGACGAUUUCCCCAACCAAUCCAAACUCAACUUCGAGCAACCCAUCCACGAGUACCUGGGCGAGUCGGGCCCGACGGGGCUCCGCCUCAAGGUGAAUAAGUCGACCGGCAACCUGGCUAGUGAUAACCUCCCUAGCCGGCUGUCUGCGCCCAGCGGUCAGGCAUUUGCCAACCGUUACGACUUUGGCGCCUCCCUCACUGCCGCCGUCCAGGCCGCAAAGGAUACGAUAGUUAGGGACCGCAACCCGGAUGGGCUCUAUAUGAAGAGCCACCGUCAGAUCCAGGUUCCUUCCCAGCAGCCGCAGCAGCGUCAGCAGACCAAGCCUGCUCCAGCCCCAGCGGUCACCAGAAGCGCCCCCGCUAUCCCCAAGCAUGCUGUGCGGCCUACUGUUCCUGGUACCGACUCACCUAACAACAUCCUUGCAUCGUCAUCGUACGAGGAGCUGGUCAACAAAUACUGCUUUUUCGGCUCCAAGCAGUCUAGCCCGCAAAUCAAGGAUGGCACUUUGAGAAGCGGAAAGUUCGACGGAGCUGACGACGGCUUUGCUACCCGGGCUUCCAACAGCACGAGCUCGAGCUCCAACGGCAGCCCGAGCAUGGCCCACCAGGCCCAGCACGCUGGGCCCGCGCAGCACCACGCCUUCCACAUGCGCGACUCUAACCCUUACUUUAACCACCCAUUGGGAGCCUACGGCGCGUCUCCCGCAUCAUCUCCACUCAACCAAGCGACCUUGCAACAACCCGGGCGAUCCGCAAACCAGCGUCCGAGUCAGGCUUCCACCCCAGCGACAAUGAGGUCUGCCCCCUCGGCGGCCUCGACGGGUGGCUUUCCUUUCGCCGGUACGUCGCCGAAUGAAUUCCCAUACGCCCAGCAACUGCAGGAGCGAUUUCCAUUCAAUACGGAGACUCAUGCCGCAACAGCAAUUAGGGGUUAA